UAGAAUGAAGAAAACUGCCAAGAUUCUAAUAAGCUGGGAAUUUUUUUUAUUAUCCCUACUGAAAAAGUGAGAAUUUCCUCUCAGAAAAAAAGGACUUACUGAUAUCUCUGCUACCUAAUUACUUCCUAUAGCUACAUGCACUGCUAAAAUUGCCAUUAAUUUGUUUUAGACAUUUAAAUGCUAUGAAUCUCAAAAGAAGAUGCUUCAUAUCAAAAAGACAAUGUUACCUACUUGAGAGACAGGCAAGUUGAAUCCGAUUCUAAUAACCUGAGGCUCCUGGAUCUGCCCCCAAUGAUACUAAACCGAUAAAGUACGAGGCAGACAUUACUAUGUCUGUUUCAAGUGACACUAGCUAAAUCUUGGAAGGCACAUCUUUUGUAAACAAAACAUGGUAAAUCCUAAGUUCCUUGCAACUGAAAUAAUUGGCUGUGAAUGUUGGUUUCAUAAUCAAUGAAGACUCUAUUGUCUUUUCAUCUAUAAUCAAUCCUAUAACUUGGUGCCUAAUCAGAGCAUAGAAACAAUCUCCAAGGAGAGCCAGUGACAGUGGCCCUGUGGUUGAUGCAACAAUCACCAUGAUGACCAAUGCUUCAAUCACUAUAAUGAACACCACUCUCCUGCCCAGGGAUACCACUGGGCCCAAGAAACACCUUAGAUGUGCAUGGUGCCACUUUGUCCCAUGGCUGAAGAUGGUUUUCAGAAAAUUUAUUCUCAACCUCCAACAGAAAGCACUAAGACAACAACUGAAACAACCAUUUUCUUUGGGGCUGACAACACUAUUCCUAAAUCAGAAUCAACUAUUACUUCAGAAGGAGACCACAUUACUUCGGUAAAUGACUAUAUGCUAGAAAGUGAUUUUUCAACAACUACAAGCAAUAAGCUUACAUCUCCAAAGGAAAGACUAACAUCAGAAGAUGAUGUUGAAUCCCAUCUGGAGAAAGAACUUGCCACUCUGAUGGACACUAAAAACCCAAUGGCUAAUGAGUCUAUUACUGAAAACUUCAUGCCAGUGAAAACUGGUAACAUCUCACCACCAGCUGAGGUUUCUUUAAUAGAUUUUUCCACUGAUGUGGCAAAAGAAGCUAUUCUCGUGGAUACCACUGAGCCAGGGGAUGAAGAUGUUUCACUGACUUUUGAAGUCUCUGGCACACUGAAGGAAAGCACGGCCAGCAUUGCCGACACCCCUGCCCUUCCAGCUAAAAUGGGUGAACCUGAUGGUAACAAUUAUAGUUCCCUGGUUAAGUCCAAUGUCACUGCUGAUGACACUGUCCAGAUCACUGAAUCCUCUAUCCCUGAGGCUAAAAUCUCUCCAGCUACUGAAAAAAACUCCACUAUUCCAGAUAUAAUCGCCCUUCCAGAAGAGACAAUAACUGAAAUUGAUUUAAUUCUUCCAGAGGAUGGCCCCAAUGCCAGGGCUGAUUCUGAUGAGGAAAAGUUCAUCACUGUGUUUGAACUCACUACCACCAUUGAAAGAGACAAUGAUAACCCAGAAGAUAUUCUGCUAACUGAUGAAGAGUCUACAGAUGGAGUCAAUACUUGGAUGGGGAGAGAUAAGGCAAAGGAAGCAGAAAACCAUCCUGUUUUACUUACUGCUGUUGAAUCCAGAUAUGACUUCGUUGUCCCUGUAUCAGUAGCUAUGAAUCUCAUGGAUUCUCAUGAAUUCAUAGCAGAUUCAGCUGCUAUGACAAAAGAUGAUUUGUCGGAAAAUAAUAGAAUGGAAUCUCUAAGUAAGGACACCGAAGCAUUGUCAGGAACUACCCCUGAUCCAGAUACCCUAAACCAUAAGGAAGAUGCCUUCACAACUGAAAUGGGUGUCUUUAAACUACUGAAAGAAGAACCAGAUGAGUUCCUGAUUUGAAAGCAACAGAAGGAAUACCACAGGAUCUGUGCAAUAGCCUAGACAGGUAGUUUUAACAACUAAGAUGGUUGUCCAGCAAGCAAAAAUCUUAAUAAAUUAAAGAAUGUGAGCAUUUAAGGCAAGUACGAAACUUACAAAAUGCAGAUGUUUAAGAAUAGUGGUCAUGCAGCAGAAUAUACUUAUGGAAACUUUAAAAAUUCAGCAAUACAAGAAUUCCCCGUCACAAGUUUAACUGAGUUAUCUGGUGGUUCCUUAUUCUAAUACAAAAUCUUUAAUCCAAGCCUUCAGGGACAUUCAGAGAGACCUAUAAAGAAAUCUCACUCCCUGCUGCAUUUAAUCACAUAUGUCAUUUUAGUUAAUCCUUAAUAGCAUAUAAUUUAGUGUGAAUUAAAGAGACAAAGAGAAUCAAAUUAACAACAUAUCUCAAAAACAAUUGUAGUGUUAAAAGACCAUAACUGAUUAUUCUAAACCUAUUUUA